AUGCGAUCAGAAGAGAUUGAGAGCAUAUUGAAGCGGUUAGAAAAUGGUGAAAUUUCGGAAGACGAUUCCACCGACAAUGAUGAUGACAUAGCCUUUUAUUCGAGCCAAAGAGAUCGUCUAAUGGAGCUAGAAGAUGAAGAAGAUGUAGUGGCACGAUGUGCGGAAAAGGGACGACAAGAUUUAGUAAAGGCCACUUGUGAUAUUGUUGCGACCGAAAUCGAAAACAUCUGGAAGCGAGCCUCUUUGCCAAUAGUAAAACAUAAAACAAUAGUGUCAAAAAUAACAUCCUAUCAUGAAAAACAUCGCGCCUUUCUGAAAUCCUACCAAAAGAGUAAAGACAACGAAAAUUAUAAACAGAAACUACAGAAGUUUAAAGGAGACUGUGACGUUUUGUUUGAUAUUGGAUCUUGUAAGUGCAAGUCGUUGUCAACACGUACUUGUGAGAAAACUCGUAAAAUUUCUAAACGAGAACACGAGUAUUUGCUCGAUCAACGUGGCGAAAGAAGAAUGAUGAUUGGAUCUCUAGAUAAAAAAGCUGCACUUAAGAAUAUAGCUUUGUCUGAUCGGAAGUUAAAACGAAAACAAUUUGAAGAGAACUCUAUGACAUUACAAGUUGAUGAACCUGAGCAGAAAAGAAGAAAAACAAAAACUUCGUCUAUUAUUAAUCUCACCUCGAUUUUUCCCGCAAUUAAUAUCCCCGGACCUAGUAAAUUCCCAGUGGUAGCUAUGACAUUAGAUAGAUACGGCAUUUCAGACCGUGCUGGUGCUGCCAUCGUGUCGGCUACGUUGCAAGAUAUCGGUCUGGUUACUGAGGCGCGCUCGCGCACAAACGAGAAGUUCGGGAGCUGCAGUUAA